AUGAUGCCGCGUCAUAACUGGAGCCCGCCGUCAUCCUCGGUGAGGCCCUUCGCCGCGGCGGUGCCAAAGCAGGUUCCGCUAGAGGCAAACCCAGAGUUUGAGGCUUUUCGGAGACAGGUGGAUGCCUAUCGGGGCAAGGGCCUCAGCCUUUCGACCACGACAUAUAUGUCUCAGGUCACCCUCGCAUCGAUCAAAUCCCCAACCCGCCCCAAACCACCUCGCUGGCAGACUCACGCCAGCGAUUCCACCAACUCAGACACCGCUUCUACUAAGGACGGUAGCUCGUCGGGACAGGACGGUCCCGGCGAUAACAACCGCAUGGACCUGGAUCAGGAUAGUCUACAUGACUCAGCCCUUCCGGGUCCCGAUUCUGCCGAUGGUGCCUGGGAAUCAUCACAACAAGCCAUGACUCUUUCCAAAGUUGAGGAUAGGGACCCUCGCUUAUCCGUCAUGGGUAAUAGGAUCGAUUUCCCGUCGCCGACGUCGCCUAAUGCCCCGAGGCCGUAUACCACGCCCCCAAAGAUCGAAUCCGGCCCCGUGUUGAUUAUGCCGGACCAACUCCACGGCAUGAUGGCGGAUAGCAACCUGCGGAUGCUGCUUCUCGAUGUUCGCUCCGCUCAAAGUUACGCCCAAUCCCACAUCCGAUCCUCUCUCAACCUUUGCAUCCCGACAACACUAUUAAAGAGAGCCACUUUCAACUUGCAGAAGCUGCAGCAAACGUUUCAGCAUCCGGACCAGCAGGGGCUCUUCUCGCAGUGGAAGGAAACGGACUGUCUCGUGGUGUAUGAUGCGUCUUCGUCGGAGAAGACGGAGGCGAUGACGGCAAUGAAUAUGAUCAAGAAGUUCACUAACGAAGGCUACAAGGGUAGCACGUUUAUCCUGCGAGGCGGUUUCCGGCUCUUCGCGGAGGAGUACCCUGACCUCCUUUUCACGCGUACCACCGACAGCCCUGUAUCGCCGAGCGGGGCUUGCGGUGGGCUGGCGCCUGUCAUUGGCGGCGUCUUUUUGCCCAUCGCUUCCAACACCCCCAAUCCCUUCUUCGCCAACAUCCGGCAAAACGUGGAACUCGCGAAUGGGGUGGGCCAGAUGGACAUUGAGAAGCCCAAGGGCCUAACGCCAUCAGCGCUGCCGAAAUGGCUCCGAGAGACGACGGACGAACAAAAUCACGGCAAGAUGGUUUCUGACAAAUUUUUGAACAUUGAGCGGGAAGAGCAGUCUCGGAUGAAGGACGCCUAUUCCAUGUUGAACCGCGAUCCCUCGAAUUGCAAAUCGGGGUCCGUGCAACUCUGCGGCAUUGAACAAGGCGGCAAGAACCGCUACAAGGACAUUCUUCCGUUCGAACAUACACGGGUCAAAUUACCGGCCCAACCGGAUGGCCGAUCGGACUACAUCAAUGCUAGCCAUAUCAAGGCUUCAGGCAGUAACAAGAAGUAUCUUGCGAGCCAGGGCCCACUUCCGGCGACAUUCGAGGACUUUUGGACCGUUAUCUGGGACCAAGACCUCAAGUGUCACGCGUACUGGAAAAGCCGAGAGUAUGGGCCUAUCCGACUCAAGUUGCUCUCGGAGAAGAAGGUGUCGUUGGAUAUCGACAAGCAAUCGGCCGACGGACCCGUGCCGCAGGCAUCUCCCGCGGCGGAGAUGGGCCGUAGACGGGCUCACACGACGACCGCGUUCGACGCGGCCUCUUCUGGCGCCAACGCAAAUCAGCCUCCCCGUGCGUCUGGUGAGGCACCCCACGUUGUCAUUCGCAAAUUUGCUCUGUCCCACAUGGCGAAUCCCUUUGAACCGAUGAGGGAGGUUACGCACCUUCACUAUCCUUCGUGGCCAGACUUUGGAGCGCCGGCGGAACCGUCCCACCUUCUUGCCCUCGUCGAGCUCGCCAACGUAAUGCAGAAGGCUCCUCUUCCUGUAGAGACGCCGUCUUCUAAGAGGCCUAGCUUAAUGCCCCUCACGUGGUCUGAGGAACCGGAGAGUGACGGCCGCGUGAGGCCGAUGCUCGUUCACUGUUCUGCUGGCUGCGGCAGGACGGGAGCGUUCUGUACCGUAGACUCGGUUAUUGACAUGCUCAAACGCCAAAGGACUGCCAGAAUCAAAGCUCGCAACACUUCCCGGAAUGGUACGGACCAUGACGUCGAUAUGAGCGACGCGACGCCCGGACUCGCGGUUGCGCCGCCCCGAUCGUUGGUGUCAAGCCCGUUGUCUGAAACAGCCUCAAUGGGGUCUCUUCUCAGCCGGCGGUCAAGUGCGGAGGCUCCGCCUCGGCGCACCUCGGUGGAAGCCCCAACCCUUGAUCUGACCUGGCUUGGAGAUGAUGCCGUGGACCUAAUACAGCAAACCGUUGAUGAUUUCCGAAGGCAACGCCUGAGCAUGGUUCAGAGUCUACGACAGUAUGUGCUCUGCUACGAAACGAUACUAGAGUGGAUCUGGAGAAUGCAAGAUAAAUCGAACCAGAAUGACCCGGCUUUCAAGGGUAGAAUGAGGAGUGGUAGUCUUCAGGUGCGGCGAGAAGGCUGA